UGGGACCGAUGCGGUGGCGGAGGCGCCGAGGGGGCGCCGAGGGGACCCCGAGGGCCCCGGGAGGUUGUUCGGUUUCUGGUCUGGGGGGAGCCGGAAGAGUUUCGGGGGCGGGGGUUCCCGGCGACCCCUGCUGGCAGGUGGGGCCUAGUUCGAGCCUGGCCGCCGCAGGACCCAAGUGCGGGAGCUUCAAGCUCCCCCGUGGGGACGGGAUUUGGGGCUGUGGCCGGAGCUGCUCCCCGACGCGUCCGGAUGGUUGAGGUCCCGACGCUGCUCACGUCCAGCGGGGAAAAUGUGUGCCCUCCGCCCUUAUCUUUUCCCUGCUUCUGGGUUUGACGGCUUCCCCCCAGGCGUGCGGGGGUGCCGGGCUUUCCUCAGUGACGCCCGCGACCUCUUCUAGGGAACGUCUCAGAAAGGCCGCCCGAGGCGCAGUGGAGGGAGAAAACGGGUUCCCUCCCUCCCUUGCUCCGCUCUCCUCCUCCCCAUGGUGUCUUCCUGAAACGGGAAGGGUGUGUUUCGAGCGCAGGCUGCUCAAGUGGAAGUUACCUGGACUGCUUUAGGCCAAGUUUAUGUCAAGUAAAUGAAACUACUUGAUGAUGGUUUCCUAUUCCUCAGCCGACUCCACCUCCAAGUGGUUUGAACUUUGAGCUUCUUGUAGCCCUGAUGAACAAUUUGGCUUUCGUCAAGUUUGUGACACUUGGAACUUCAACAGUUGGAGGUUUAUGCACUUUGGGACCGGGCCACACUGCGCGGAGUUCAAAGUGCUAGGAGGCCAGAGGUCAAAAUGGCUUCCAGAGGAAAGACAGAGACAAGCAAAUUAAAGCAGAAUUUAGAAGAACAGUUGGAUAGACUAAUGCAGCAAUUACAAGAUCUGGAGGAAUGCAGAGAGGAACUUGAUACAGAUGAAUAUGAAGAAACCAAAAAGGAAACUCUGGAGCAACUAAGUGAAUUUAAUGAUUCACUGAAGAAAAUCAUGUCUGGAAAUAUGACUUUGGUAGAUGAGCUCAGUGGAAUGCAACUGGCUAUCCAGGCAGCUAUCAGCCAGGCCUUUAAAACCCCAGAGGUCAUCAGAUUAUUUGCAAAGAAACAACCAGGUCAACUUCGGACAAGGUUAGCGGAGAUGGAUAGAGAUCUCAUGGUAGGAAAGCUGGAAAGAGGCCUGUACACUCAACAGAAAGUGGAGAUACUAACAGCUCUCAGGAAACUUGGAGAGAAGCUGACCGCAGAUGAUGAGGCCUUCUUGUCAGCAAAUGCAGGUGCUAUACUCAGCCAGUUUGAGAAAGUGUCUACAGACCUCGGCUCUGGAGACAAAGUUCUUGCAUUGGCAAGUUUUGAGGUCGAAAAAACAAAAAAAUGACAUGGUGUGGAAGCUUGGGACAUUGAUCACAUUCUUGCUGUAAAUGGCAUUUGUCUCAUAGGGAUUUUGAAUCAUUGCAAAGAAAUCAAGAGAUUCUUGAAAUACAUUGAUAACCUGAGAAACGGUGACAGAAAACAUACUUGUGGCUUCUGGUUAUACCCUUCCUCGUUGUGCUUCAGGGCUACUUGCCUGAGUGAUCCUAGAUGGGUGGGAUGAGGAACCCAUUGGGCCUUAUUCAUCAUGUCUUGUGUGUUUGAGAGAAGGAACAGAAAACAGUCUCUCUGCCUGGUUUUAUUAAGCCUCCUUGUUUUAAGUGCUGAUAGUAAAUGAAAAGAUGUGAACUAAUGAUUCUUUUCUGCUCAUAAUUUAUCCCCACUUGUUGGAGUGAAUAGUGUACCAACAUCAAUAGGCGUCCUGUGUGUUUAUAGAAUUUUAGAGUUCUAAGUGAUCUUGGAAAUCAUUUUCAUUUUAUAAUCAAGGAAACUGAGGCUCAGAAAGAACAAGUUGACUUGCUGAAAGUCACAUCCGAGACAGAGCUGGUUUAUAAGACUUGGGCAUCCUGACUCUCAGUUUAGUGUCCAUUGAGUUUUAUUUCUUUAUUUUGUGCUGUUUUUAAAAACUAAUUAACACAUAUUUGGGCAAGUCCGUGUUUAUGAAAAUUCCAUGUCCCAACAAAAAGUUGUCACUAAGGGACCAUUCCUCCAGCCUGUAGGACCUCCAUAUGAAAGGGGCCCAUUGUAUCCCUCAGUUGUGAGCUUGGAACAAUGGGAGCCCUGUUGAGAGUCUCCUGGAGUAACUUAACCUCCUGCUUUGUUUCACCAGGGAAGUAAUUGAAAGUGGCAGCUAGAGUCCCCCGCCCCAGCCCUCCCCACCAUGUGUGACCUCUUUGCUGAAACCCAGUAGGUGGUGACUGUAACUAUUAUUUACUCUUCUGUUUUUGGAGAAACACAAAAUAAGUUACGAGGAAAAACAUACUCUCAAGUGUUUAUAUUUCUCUGCAUGCUCAAAUAUAUAGAUUUCCCCA